GUCGGAGUUAAACUAGAAAAACGCCCUAACCGCAUUCCACAAACGUCAAACUAGUCCACUAACCAUCAAUUUUCGCAAACUUUUGCGCAUUACGACAUGCUUGUAUUCCUUUAAAAAUGCUUACCAAAGUGAUUCAACGGGCCCUAAAAUUCCGUUGCAAACGGAGCUACCCGACCAACAUCUACGAUAUCUCCCGCGGCUCUGCCUUCGCGAUCCGUCGGCCUUACAGCGAUGAAGUCAAGAAAGCCCAAGUACAAAGUAUGGCAACGCCGGGCCCGACUAUUUUCGACAAGAUUUUAUCGCGUGAGAUAAACGCUGAUAUAAUUUAUGAAGAUGAUUUGUGUAUGGCGUUUAACGAUAUAUCUCCGCAAGCGCCCGUGCAUUUUCUAGUUAUUCCUAAGAGGAGGAUACCAAGAUUGCAGGAUGCAGAAGAAAGUGAUAAAGAGCUCCUCGGGCACCUGAUGUCCGUCGCCCGCGCCCUAGCCACGGCGCGCGCGCCCCUGGGCUGGCGUCUCGUCGUCAACAACGGCCGAGAGGGCGCUCAGAGCGUCUACCAUCUCCAUCUCCAUAUCCUGGGGGGGCGGCAGAUGGGCUGGCCACCAGGCUAAGGGGGACGGUACUCUAAACCUUGUCUUUACAUCCUAAAUACUGUUCAGUUCAAUUGUGCCAAUUUGUCCAACUGAUCCUAUUUCUCCUGUCAUUUUAGCAUAAAAAUUAUUAUUUAAUUAUUUCAUUGUCUAGUCUCAAAAUGAUACUUAGACGUAAAUUGUUUUAGUUCAAGUACAUAUUUCAUAUAAUUAAAUAUAAUACAAUGUACACAAUGUAUAAAUGUAACUUUCCGGUUGUCCUAAUACCUACCAAAUACUAGUAAAAAAAAAAAAAAAAUACAACAUAUCCGAUAAUUAAUGAAACAGACAGUAAUGUCAAACCUGUUUAUUGUAUUUUUUUUUCUCCUCUGAAGACUAGUAAAUAGAAUUUAAGUAUGGCUCAUGAUUUCAUUUUCUUUAUGCUGUUAGUAUGUAUAUAUGUUAACAUUAUGUACUUAAUAAUGAACCUCCAGGUCUAUGAUUCUUAAGUAUGUUAAGUACUCUACAUUGUACUUCAAAUCCAUUUGUAUAUGUGACUGUUUGUGUUCUAAAUAAAUGAAAAAAAAAAAAAUUGUUUCAAAAGCAGGAUGAAUGCGUAGACUUCGCAAUCGAACUGUCUUUUAGUAACUGGGAUGUAAAAACAAGAGCUUAGUGGAGUGGACCCGGGUAUGUCCUUAAACUACGUCCACAAGAGAGGUAUGGGCAUUGUGAAUGUCAUCUCGCUCUGUGUGGUAGGGCACAGCACAGCGGAUGUCAUUCCAGAUCUAGAGCAGAGCCCAACUGGGGAAGUACCUCCACCUUACAGAAAAUCGCAGCCAAAUAACACUAGACCCUACUCAUAGUGUUGUGUUCCUGUCGGUGAGUAAGGUUGCCAGAGCUCAACGAGGGUGGGAGAGGGUUAGGGUCGGCAACGCGCAUGUAACUCUUUUGGAGUUGCAGGCGUACAUAGGCUACGGAUACUGCUUACCAUCAGGCAGGCCGUAUGCUUGUUUGCCACUGACGUAGUAUAAAAAAAAAGUAAUGAUGCAGCCAGAUAAGUCAUGUCAGGGUCGCCAUGUAAGGAACAAGCGAAACAAUCGAAAAGUGUAAACUGAUUUAUUUGUUUAAGUGUUUACAAAUUAUAGGGGAUUCUUGUGGCUACAUCGUUACUAUACUACCACUGGGCAGAAGAGUAAUAAUGUAGCUAAACAAUAUUGACCAGUUAAAAUAAUUACAUACCAUGCAUAAAAAAAAAAGGAAAAUCCUAGACCAAAGCCGAAAUAACGUUUGAACACAAUUUCUACAAAAAAGACAAACAAACAAACGUGGCCGUGUGUAGGGGCUCGUACAUGACUACCGCCGAGGAACCUCAAAAAUGCAAAUUAGCAUCCGUUAUUCACGCCUUCAUUCAUUGAAUGUCACGGUCGUCAUGUAAGGACGAGAGAGAAAUACUAAUUUAUUUGUCUAAAAGUUUACAAUUUAUAGGGUUUACUUGUGGCUACGUUGUUACUCUACUGCGCUAGAAAAGAGGGGGAGGGGCACCUCCCUUUAGGGGGGUAGACGUGAAUGAAGGGUUUGGAAACGCUCAACUUUUUGCAAGGAAAAGAUAUGUUGUUUCUUAUUAUAAGGUUACGUUUUACUCUGCACGUUGAAUUUGGUAAUAAUUUAGCUUAUCUUUAUUUAUCUAAAGAUAUAGACUAUUCUUUAUGAUAUUGUAACCAUUAUCUAAAAACAUAUGAACAGAAAUAAACCUUAGUGGUAACCAAUGGGGAAAAUUAACUCGAUGUGACAAAAGUUGUGUAAAAUCCAAAAGGAUUUACCCUUUAAAAGUGCAUAUUUUCUUCCCCUUUUUAUUUCUACGGUUGCUGGUAAAUUUCAUCUGAAAGUAGUAUAAUUUUUAAAAGGCGGAUACUUUUAUAUUUUUAAACGAAACUGACCAAAAGAAAAAGAUUUACCCAGUGUCAUAAAUUCGCCAUCUUAGGUAAUAAUUUAGUUUUAAUUUCGUGCAAUAAUUAGCCAAAUUAGUUAAGGGUUUUGAAUUAUCUCAAAUUGUUAUCACAUUAAGGUAAGAUGUGAAGUUUUUCUGAAAUAGAUGCAAGCUAAUUGUUGCCAAUCUUGUUAAAACUAAGUGUCUAAGUUUUUUUAUAGCUUUUAUAGGUAAAGGUACCUGGAUAAAUGGGAUAAUUUAGAAAAACACAGAUAUUUAUUAAAGUAAAAGGUUUCAAGACGAAGCAUUUCGGUACAUUUAGCUCUAGUGACUUCUACAGUUAUUCUAGAUCGUUGGUCUGAUGCAAUGCUUACAUUCUUUAUCACAUGGCAGUUACUGAAUUUAAAUGAAAUAUUAAUCUAGAGAUU